AUGGAUGCAGUCGAAGGCACAUUGCGACUCAAGCGAUUGCUGUCUCAAGAUGACGAGGCACCAGAAGAGGCUUUGAACGGCAAGAAGCGACGUACAAAGAAGGACUCAGCAACCCCCGCAGCUGAUGAGGCCAGAAUCCAGCAGCUGCUGACCCGCUGGGGGCUGCUACAGGACAAAGUGACAAGGCACGUUCUGGAGACCCUGACUCCGGACGAGCUGAAGUUGUUGGACGACUCCUACGUCCCCGAUAAGUUCAAUCAGAUGCGGGGCCCUGGGGAACUGAUCAUCUGCCAGAUUGCCGCCAUCAAAGAGCGAGUGGGCCCGGGUGGUGGAUCUGCCGAUUCAGUUCUGUCAUUCAGACACAGAUGGAAAAUGAACAUUGAUGAAGAGGCAAUGCUGCGGAAAAUCACUCACAAAGAGCUGCGGUACGUCAUGCAGGAGUUCAAUGGUGAUAUAUCGCUUGAGGACUUCCUCCCACAGGCUAGUGCCUCCGUGGCUGACGAAUCCGUCACAGAAGGCACUCUGCCAGAUGAGCCAGGAGUACAUGUGAUCUCGCGGUUCAACCGACUUGAGCUCAUUGAUCCCUUGGCAGAUGCUGCAGUGUUUGGGGACGCUAACCUGAGCUUCGCCCUGAUGUUGGCAAAGCACAGAGAGGCACUGGGCCAUGUGGGAAGAGUCAUUGCAACUACCUUUGAGACCCUCGAAUGCCUUCGAGAACGCUACCAGGAAAUCGAUUCUACAAUCAAGACGCUGGAAGACCUCUGCUCAGAGGUCUACCAUGGUGUGGACUGCACUCGGAUUGCAGUUGACAGCCGGUUCCAUGGCAUGGAGGGCAGCCUGGGUGCAGUGUACUACAACUUUCCUCACGCGGGUGCCGUCAGCGGCUUCUUCGACGGUCAUCCAUGCGUCAACUGGCGCCAUGAGAACCUCAUGAGACUCUUCUUCAGAGCUCUGCGCUCCUUCAUGAAGCCCGGAGGUCUGGUCAAGGUCUCCUCAAGCAAAGGUGCUGUUGGAGUGAGAUGGUUCUACAUCACGGAGUCAGCACAGGAGAACGAGUUCAUUCACAUUGAGACGAUGCCCUUCAGGGAAUGGCACCUGCAUCGCUAUGGUCGCUCCUAUGGGGACAAGCGCGAUGUGCACCGUCGGCCUGGACAGGGCGAGGGCUACAACGUGCAGCGGGCCGAGGCUGACAUGGUCUAUACCUUCAAGUAUGUGGCUCGGCGCCUUCAGGUGAAUCGUCCCGGCCUUGGCGAGCUCUGUUAUCGGCCGGUCGUGCGCAGUACCCGUGCUUCUGAUGCUUUCGUUACCUUCCGGAGGCUUUACAAGCGCUUUGUGACGGAGUGCUCGGGCACCCACGCCUGCUGGGGAUUCUCCUGCUUUGUGGCGCCCAAGAGCCAGCCCGUGGUGGAGCAGCCGCAGUUGCGCGGACAGGCGCCCGUGGAAGCAGCUCUUCUGGGAGCUGCCGUCGCUGCCGUGCCCCAGGUUGCUCUGGCAGGCAACUCAGGCUACGCUCUGCUCCAGCUUGGAUGGGCCGUCUUCAUCAUUAGCUUGGGACCUGCGGUGCUGUUCUGGGUCUACUUCAACAAGCCUGAGCUGCUGUGA